AUGGAAGCACAACAGGCAAAGCUGGCCGUCUUCCGCGCAUUCUGCACCGCCUUCGACAAGACGGCUGCCCAGUUCAACUCGGGCCACGCGCUCAGCUUCGCGAAGGAAUUCUCGCGCGGCUUCAUUAGCUACUGGGACGACGCGCUCAACGGCGCGCCCACACGCGCCGGUCAGAAUGUCAACAGCCGCCACGGCAGAGACGGGACCGCACCGACCUACGCCGCUAUGGCCCAGAAGGGGAUGGCACAGACAAGGGCCCCCCUGCCGGCACGCCUCGGCCCGAAGCCCUGGAAGGCGCCUCCGGUCCAGCCGCCUAAAGAUGACCUGCGUGUCUUCGUGCGGCUCGACGACAAGUCCCCAGCAUGGGGCUAUCAGGGGCAUGCCAUCAGAGCUCACAAGUGGCACACGUACGCUGUGGCGGACUGCCCCAGGCAGCUCACGGAUAUCUGGGGGGCCGCCGUGGACUAUGACCAAGCUAUCAAAGAAGAGAUCAAGCUCCAGACAGGUGCCGAACCAAUUGAUGUGCACAUUGCUAAGAGAUACUCCGAAAGCUCCGACCAGCCCACUGUGACAAUGAUUGUGUCCUUUCAGGCGGCGAUACAGAGGAGAUGGCGGCUCUUCGGCACCAGCCGACUAGCCCGACUGAUCGCCAAGACCGCCCGGCCCGCGCAGUGCGACACCUGUUGGGAUUAUCACUCCCGCUACGCCUGCGACCGAAAACAAGCCUGCCGACGAUGCGGCGGGAAAGACCAUCGCGAUAACGACUGCAAGCAGCCGGAGAGGAGGACGAUCCGAGUUCUCCAGGCCAACGUGGCCAAAAUAGGGGCCUAUCAUAGCAUAGCCCUACGACUAGCGGAAGCAGAAGACUACGACGUCGUGCUCAUCCAGGAACCGAACGUUUGGAUAGAAAAGAAGGCGGAGCCUGCAGGACCCAGACGCACCGCUCCUUCCACGCAUUCGCCCCAGAACGCGCCUGGGAACCGGAUCAGGCCCCGAGUGAUCUCGUAUGUCCGGAACCACCCAGAUAUACGGGCAGAGCAACUCUGCCCCGCCCCUACGCGUGAUAUCCUGUGGCUCCGGGUAAACAGCACCCUUAUUAUCAACUUCUAUCGACACGCGAAGACACCCGAGCCACUCGACUACCUCCUCCACCAGCAGGACGUCCCCGAGAGAUGCCUCAUCGCGGGCGACUUCAACGCCUGUCAUUUCUCCUGGCAGCCUGGAGCCCGGAGCGAGGCCACACACGCCCGCGGAAAUACCAUUGAUCUAGCCUUUGCCAAUAUCCCUCUGCUGACGCGCUUAUCGAAGAGCACCUUCAUACCGGCUCGGACCAUUACACGAUCAGCAUUACGCUCCCGGCGGAUUCCCCCAAGGACGAUAGCUAGACCAAGGGUAAGCUCCGAGGAAGAAAUGAAGCGAUUCGAGGAACUUGUGCGGGCUGGGGCCACAGCACUACCCCGGCUGGCCGUUGAGCCCAGAGGCCUGGAGAGGCUGGCCGAGGCGCUGUCUCGCCUACUCCAAGAGGCGGCCGACGCAGCGGGCCGACGGCCCAGGAAGAACGCGAGAGGCACCCCAUGGUGGAACGAUCAGUGCGCCGGUGCAGCGGCCGAACUAAGAGCUAUGCGGCGGAUCUACCCCACAGGGCACGGCAGAGAGGUCCAGACUGCCCGGCGGGAGCUGCGCCGGGCGGUACGGCGGGGUAAGAGACAUUUCUGGCAGACUGUUCUAGAAGGCGCCGAGAGCAACCAGGAUAUCUAUAAGAUCAUGCGGUGGUCGAGGAAACCGAGCCCGUUCCGGGCCCCGCCUAUACAGGUAGGCGACCAGGUCUUCGAGACCCAGACGGAAAAGGCAAACGCGCUCCGAGUCGAGAUCCUAGAAAGGCGCGGGGCCGCGGACGACAUCCCGGACCCCUGGGCCCCAGAGGUGCUGGCCCCAGGGAGGACUCUCGACUGCAGCGUCACGCUCGCGGAUGCGGCAUGCGCCUGCACCUCUACGGGCAACACCUCCCCGGGGAUCGACGGCAUCACGGUCCGAAUGCUGCGUCGCGUCUGGAACCACAUCGGCGAGGCGGGCGCCUUUGACACGGUUCUGCGGAACCGGCUCCUCCUACGCCUACGGGAACAGGGCUGGCCAACAAACCUGGUCCGGUGGGAUAUAACGACGCCGACAACCCCCCUGACGUGCGGGCUGCCACAGGGCUCCCCGGCCUCCCCGAUUCUCUUCCUCCUCUAUACAGUGCCCAUCUACUCGAUAGGGGAACCGAACUCGCGCUUCGGCUACGCAGAUGACGUGGCCACCCUGAUCCGGGGCCGGUCCCUACAGGAGACGGCCGCCCGGGCCACGCGCGCCGCGGGUGAGCUCAUCCAGUGGGGAGCCGAUAAUGGCGUAGUGUUCGACCCGGGCAAGACAGAAGUCAUCCACUUCACGAGACCGAGAUACAAAGGGGACCUGCCGUCGGUCUGGCACGGGUCCGUAGAAAGGAGCCACAGCAGGACCUGCGCUGGCUCGGCGUCUGUUCCGUCGCGGAUCACCUACCUGAAGAAUAGGAUCCAGCUGACCUUAAACGUCGCGAUGCGCGCCAUCGCGCCCGUCUGGUGUACCAUGCCCAUUGUGGCCCUCCACCGAGAGACCGGGAUCCCCUGCCACGCUGCUCCUCGCAGACGCUCAGAGACGCGCCGCGAUACCCUCAUCGUCUACACUGACGGCUCGCAGAGCGAAGACGCGGUCGGGUCCUACUCGCUGAGGUCUACGACGCAGAGGUGGAAGGCGCCCUCGAGGGCUUCGAGCGGCACUCACGUGGUCCCCAGGACCCCGGACCAGCAGUGCCGGAUAGUCGUCUGCCUUGAUAACUCUGCGGCUAUAAGAGCCAUACGAGGCAGCCCAUCGAUCUCGUCGCAAGCGGCGGCGGAGAAGUUCGCUGAGGCCGCGGCUCGGCACGGAGACGUCAGGACGCGCUGGUGCCCCGGCCAUACGGGGAUCGCCGGCAACGAGCGGGCCGACCAGCUAGCAAAGGAGGGCUGCCGGGCCUCGGCCGGACAGGCCGCCGACGACUGGUGGGCCGCGGGGGCCCCGAGCAGCUACAAGAGCCUAGGGCUCAAGGCCUCGCUCGGGUGCCCCCCGGAGCUGCACACCAAACGACAGCACCUCCAUCACCUGCUCGCUGCGAGGAGCGGGCACGGGGACUUCGCCGACUACCACGAGAGGUUUAACCACGAAGAGGCCCGGAUCGAAUGCUCCUGCGGGAGGAGAAAAUCACCGACACACCCCUUCUACUGCCGGAAGGAAGGGGAUUUGACCGGUUCCUCGGGCUAG